UACGACUACAAAUAUCUAUAUUUCAGUUUCAUCAAAAAUCCUUCAGGAGAACGAAGGACUAAUUGGAUUUCUGGUUCGAGAUUUUACCGUUAUGUCUUUAUUGUAUAUAUAUUCAUACUUGUAAAUAUUAAAAUGUUUUAAACAUUAAUUUUAAUUUUAAGGUAUGAGAAGAUUUCAUAAUGUUUAAUAUGCCUCUGCGUGUUAUACGUUGCUCCAGUAAUAUUUCAGCAAUCUUAACGAUUCAUGUUCUGGAAAUGUAAUUUUGUUAAGCUUUAAAAAAUCAGAAUGGCUUUUUUGUGUCCAGUUCGUAUACGACGAGGAAAGAAAAAGAAACCCGGAGUACAUAAUUUCAAUUUGGAAAAGGAUUGUACUGGAACAGGAGGCACAGGUCUUGGUUUGGGAACAAAAGUACCAUUACCUCCUGGUCGUAUAACAGGAAGUGCUAGUAUUGAAACAUUAGUUAGAGUAGGUAUAGAAAAAGAAAAUGGUUUAUCACCAGAUAGUAAAAUGGUUAUUGUUCAUGAUUUUACACCAUGUGUUGAUGAUGAACUUCAAGUAAAACGGGGCCAGGUUGUAAAUGUUUUAUACAGAGAAAAUGAUUGGGUGUACGUAAUAGCAGCUGAUACACGUAUGGAAGGUUUUGUUCCACAUUCAUAUUGUGCACCUUAUACGUCUCAGCUUGCUGAAUUAACACUUGCUACUCUUAACAAUGUAAAAAAAAAAUUGCCAAGAUCUAAUGAAACUGAUUGUGAUUUUACCGGUACAGGUCGUUCACAAACAGUAGAUGCACAACAAACUGAUACUGGAUCAGCAUCAGACUGUGAAAGUUAUACUCGUAAUAUUACCACUGCUGAUGUAAAUGUUAAUAGAUCUAACAUUACACAGUCUCAAAAUUCUAUUCAAACUAUAUCCUCUCAGCCAGAUGUACAUCCUUUUUUUAAGGAUCCAUCAGCUGGAAGGUACAUUGUACUUUAUACCUUUGUGGCCAGAGAUGAAAAUGAUGUUAGUGUAGAAAGAGGUGAAUUUGUAACUGUACUCAAUCGAGAUGAUCCUGAUUGGUUUUGGGUACUAAGACAUUGUGAUGGUAAUGAAGGAUUUGUACCAUCUGGAUUUGUCUAUCCAGGACAUGUUCUCCAUUCAUAUGCAACUACAACUACUACAACCACUACCACUACUACUGUAGCUACUACAUCAACAGAAACGCAUGCUUUAGGAAAAGGAAUAACAAUAUGUCAGGAAAUGAAUCAUUACAACAAAAAGGUUUACGAGAUUUUCGAGAUGAGACAAAUGGCACGGAAUUAGUGGUACUUUACGAUUAUAAGGCGCAGGCGCCAGAUGACUUAUCUGUGAGAAGAGCUGACUGGAUAUAUGCGGAUUUAGGAAAUCAAACUGUAGAUGGUUGGUUGUGGGCAUACGCGCCUAAAACUCGUAAAUAUGGAUUUAUUCCAAAAGCGUAUGCUCGACCUCCUGCUAUGACGAGUUUAUAACAUAUCAAACAUACUUUUCUCUAACAUUUAUAUAUAUAUUCAAAUAAUAAUAUACUAUUACAUAGUAUUACACUUCAAACGAUACCCAAAAUUUGGAUAUAUAUCAAAGGUACGAUUUUUUCUGUUAACAUUGACAUUGAGUGUAGCACAAUCUGAUGUAAUGUGACUGAGAAGACCUUCAUGUAGAACUAUGCAAUCACCUGUUGAAAAAAUGUCUUGAGGACAUUGAGCAGUUCUUAAUGAAUUCACUGGACCUGUAUAUGUUAGGCAACGUAAGCCUUCAUUAUCAAUCUUGUCUACAGCCUGUUAUAAAAGUAGUCAAAUAUGCAUAUCAUUUAUUAUGUACAUAGAUAUUAAUCAUUUGUUUAACUAAAUAUUUGUUUGUUAGCAAAAUUAUAUAAUAUACCUGAAUACUACAUAAAA